CCUUCAAGAAAGAAUUGCUAUCACAUUGGAGACAAAGAAUCAAAAAGUUUCGCAGCUUGUACUGUCUUUUCUCUGCAGCUCACCACUUUUUUCAUCCCUUUAUUUCUAUUUGCACACCAUAAUAUCUCCCAAAACCCUCCGCCUUUCUAAAAUGAGCUCCGGUGAAACAACCAAGCCCAUGAUCCCAUGGAAAACAAGGAUCUUCGUUUCAAUUAUUUCCACUGUUACCGACACCUGUCGCCGCUCUGACGGAACUAUAAAUCGCCGUCUACUCAACUUCUUGGACUUUCACAUUUCUCCCAAUCCUAAACCAGUCAACUCCGUUUCCACCUUCGACACCAAGGUCGACCCCACCCGAAAUCUCUGGUUCCGUCUCUUCUCUCCCACCUCCGCCACCGGCCCCACUCCCGUCAUCAUUUUCUUUCACGGAGGUGGAUUCGCUUUCCUCGGCGCUGCCUCUAUGUCCUACGACGCCGUUUGCCGCCGUUUCGCGCGUAAAAUCCCUGCGUUUGUUGUUUCUGUUAACUAUCGUCUGUCCCCUGAACAUCGCUACCCUUGCCAAUUCGAGGACGCUUCUGAUGUUCUUAAAUUUUUGGAUGAGAAGGAUGUACUUCCGCCUAAUGCUGAUUUGUCAAAAGUUUUUCUCGCCGGUGAUAGUGCAGGUGGUAAUUUAGCCCACUACGCGGCAGUUGAGGCCUGUCGGACUCAAUUUCGGGUCUUGAAGAUAAUCGGGCUAAUUUCGAUCCAACCGUUUUUUGGUGGAGAGGAGAGGACUGAAUCGGAGACCCGACUGAAGAGAGCACAUUUGGUUUCGUUGGGCCGAACUGACUGGUUAUGGAAGGUGUAUUUGCCGGACGGGUCUAACCGAGACCAUGAGGCAGCUAAUGUAAGCGGGCCAAACGCGGUGGACAUAUCGGGUUUGGAUUAUCCGGAAACGAUCGUGUUUGUGGGUGGGUUUGACCCGCUUCAGGAUUGGCAAAGGAGAUAUUAUGAUUGGUUGAAAAGAUCGGGAAAAGAAGCAAGGCUGAUUGAGUACCCGGACAUGAUUCACGCGUUUUAUGUAUUUCCGGAAUUGCCGGCGGCCACUGAGUUGAUUGGACAAGUUGGAGAGUUCGUGACUCAGCGAAUAUCUAAAUUACGAGAAGAUUAAGUAGGUAUGAGAGGGAGAUAAGAUGAUUAUUAUUAUUAAUGAGUUGAACAUGCAUGCUCAUUUCCGGACUAAAUUUGCUUUUAUUGUUGUCGUUGUGUUA